GCUGCCCCAGUAUGUCCUGGACAUGGGCCCUGUCCUUAAGGGUUACACAGAGUCACACUCUCUGAAGAUCACCAACCCUGGGCAGAUCCAUGUGUCCUUCCAGGUGGAUGUAUCUGUCCUGCAGGACACAGGUUUCAGCGUGGGCCUGGACCAGAUGAUUUGCCUGCCCCCCAACAACAGCGUGGACUUCGACGUGCGCUUUGAAAGUGCCCACAAGCCAUAUGGUGACGUGGAAGUGGUGCUGCCCAUAGAGGUGACAAAAGGCCCUAUGUACACCAUCCGCAUCUGUGCCACUGUGUCUGAACUGUCACUCACCCUCUCCAAGAACAGACUGCAGUUCUCUGACAUCUUUAUUGGGGACUGCCAGGUUGAGACCAUCCAACUCUACAACCGGUUUCCAGAAUCCUGCAAAUGGUUCAUUGCUUCCAAGGAGCCUGUUCUGAAGAAUAGUCACCUCAAAUUCAUGACACCAGUCAUACGUCAGAAGCUGCAGGCACUGGUGGAUGAGCCCUGUCCUUUUCACGUGACGCCCUCCAAAGGAAUCCUUUGUGCAGGAAGGUGGCAGAAUCUGCAAAUCCAGUUUACACCCAAGGAGGAGAGGUCUUACAAGAAUGAGCUGGAGUUUAUCAUUUGUGGGAGCAGCAAUCGCUUAAAGCUGCACCUCUCAGGACAAGGUCUGGAGCCACGGUUGGAGUUCAGGCCCCCAGCACUAAAGAUGGGAGGGAUGUCGGUGGACAGCGAUGGGGUGGAGGCCACAGUGGUGACGAAGAACCCAUGCAACUUCCCCACUGAGUCUUACUUAAUGGAUUUUCAUGAGCAUCUCCUUGAGAAGGAGAAGAUCCUGCGGUCUGAGUACCAAAAGAGAUUUUUUCUGCCUCCACGUUCUGUAGCUGAGACACUGUCCCGAGAGGUGCUGCAGAAUCAUGGAGCACAGUGGAGGCCAAAGGCUCAAGAGGCAGAGCUCAAGGCCAGGACUGAGGCUGAGGCCAAGGCCAUGGGCAAGGCAGCAGCAGAAAUGCAGCGGGAAAAAGCUCUGCAGAGGAACACAGAACGUAUCUUGCAAAUAGAUGUGAAUGAGUAUUAUGCCCAGCUUGAGAAGAAGAAAGCAGAAAUGGAUAAAAUAAUACUGGGAAGGAAGCACAUACGGAGGCAAAAUUUGCUGAAGUGGCUGGUUCAAAGGCAUCAGCGGGAAGCAAAAGCCUUAGAGGAGAGGCAGAAGGAGGAAGAAAGGCGGAAGGAGGAAGAGAGGCGGAAGGAGGACAAGAAGGGUGUCUCUGUGGGUAUCCAACCUCCAAAACCAGAGAAGGGGAAAACCAAACCCCCAGAGAAGGGGGAAACCAAAUCACCAGAGGGGAAGGAAACCAAGGCCCCAGAGAAGGAAAACAAAGCCCCAGAGAAGAAAAGCAAACCUCCAGAAAAGAAGGAAACCAAAAUACCAGAGAAGAAAAACAAACCUCCAGAAAAGAAGGAAACCAAAAUACCAGAGAAGAAGGAAACCAAAAUCUCAAAGAAGGAAACCAAACCCCCAGAGAAGAAAAGCAAACCUCCAGAAAAGGAAACCAAAUCCCCAGAGUGGAAGGAAUCCAAAAUCCCAGUGAAGGAAACCAAAGCUCCAAAGAAGGGGGAAGUAAAAGCCCCAGAGAAGAUGGAACCCAAAGCCCGAAAGACAGGUGAAACCAAGACCUCAAAGAAGGGUGAAAGCAAAGCCCCAGAGAACGGGGGAACCAAAGCCCCAAAGAAGGCGGGAACCAAAGUCCCAAAUAUGGGGGGAACCAAAAUCUCAGAGGAUGCAGCUGAGAUAGAGAACUUGUUACUGAGGUUUCAGACGUAUGAGUCAUUGCAGCAGAAUUUCUCCUACUGGAACAGGGUUCAGGGUACCGUGCGGUUACCUGUUAUCCAAAAGAGAAACAAGUCCCAGUAUGCAGCUGAAAACAAAGGUCAGAAGACCAAUAAGCCUCAGGAGAAGGUGAAGAAGCCCGAACAAAAAAUCCCUUUCUCUGUCACUCCGGCCAUGGGAACUCUGGAUGUUGGUGAUGCCGUGGAGGUGGCAGUGGAAUUUCAGCCACUGAAGACUGGUGACCAUUCCGCAUCCCUUGUUGUGCACUACGACACAGGUGAAGACACCCACACAAGCCUUCAUGGCAGAGCUGUGGAUGCCCACAUCGGGCUGGACAGGAGUGCUGUGACCCUGGAGAAGACGUACAUCACCAUGUCAAACAGCGCAACUGUGCUCAUCCACAACCGCAGCGACAUCACAGCCCGCUUCCAGUGGAAGGCUGUGGAUACUGAGGAACAGGAGGAGCAGCUGAGGCUGAGGCAGUAUCACAGGAUAUACCAGCAGCAAAGGCACAAGUUGUAUAGUUUUCUGAAGGAGCAUGAAGUGGACAUCUCUUGCCGAGAACGCCUUGCUCUUCUCAACCACACCUUCCAGAGUGAGAUAGCAAAGAUCAGAGGAGAUCCCAUGCUGUUAGAUGAUGACAUUUUCUCCCUUGAGCCAAAGGAGGGUGAGAUCAUGCCGAAGUGCUCGGCUGAAAUCAGCGUGUUCUUCACGCCCCAGGCAGGCCAGGUCUAUGAGCGAACAGUGUACUGUGACAUCUCAGGCCGUGAGAACAGGCUGCCCCUGCUCCUCAUGGGGGAAGGCCUCGGGCCCCGGGUCCAUUUCCACUUUGAGGAACUGAACAUCGGGGAGGUUUUUGUCAGAGUAACCCACAGAUAUGAGGCAUACCUGGUCAACAAUGGGCCUGUUGAGGCUCCCUUCAAACUCAUCCCUCCAACCACAGCCAUGGGCUCCUGCUUCACCUUCCUGCCCCAGGAGGGCAUCGUGGCACCAGAGAAGCUCCAGGCCAUCCGGGUCUCCUUCUGUCCCACCAUCCGGGGGGAGUUUGAGGAACAAUUCUGCUUCCAUGUGGCUGAAUCCCCUAAGCCUGUGAUCUUCACUGUCAGGGGCUCUGUGAUGGGACCCACUUUCCAUUUUGAUGUGCCCGCCCUGCACUUUGGUGACAUCGCCUUUGGUUUUCCUCACACCUUGAAGUGUUGCCUGUUUAACACCUCCCUGACACCCAUGGGCUUCUCCCUCUACAUUCCUGGGGAUGGCUUGGGAGUGCCCAGUGUUAGCAGCUCCACUCAGAUAGGAAAACCCAGCAGCCAGUUAUGGAGGAAGGAAGUUCGAGUUCUGAUAAGGCCGCAGGAAUUUACCAUAAAUCCCCCCAGCGGGACCGUCCGUGCCCUGGGAUCCCAGGAUAUCAAGGUCACCCUGUGUCCCAACACUGUUAGGGACUACAAUCUGGAGCUGGUGCUGGACGUGGAAGACGUUGGCAGGAAGGUGUUUGCACUGCCCCUCACAGCCAGGUGCAUCGUUCCUACACUGCGAGUGCUCAACCCUGUCGUGGAACUGGGGCACUGCUGCUUGAAGGUGCUCUAUGAUGAGAAGGUGACCCUGGUGAAUGACAGUGACUUCCCUGGCUGCUACUGUCUUCUCCCCCAGGAACACCAGGAGGAGGCUGCUGCGUGGUACUCCAGCCUUGCACCCUCUGGGAUUAUCGAGGCUCACAGCUCGGUGCAGAUCCCAAUUACACUCCAGGCCCAGUUGCUGGGACAGUGCAGCAUCACUGCCAAGCUGGCCGUGUUUGGGAGACCAGAAUCCCCACUGCCUACCUUCUUCCUGGAACAGGAAAUCCGUUUAGAGUACGUUGGCCAGGGCCCCGUUGUCUAUGUCCAUCCCAGGGAGAUAAACUUCGGCUCUAUCCCAGUCCUAGAGGAUUGUUCCAAAACUCUCCACCUCGCCAAUCAGUGUGAGAUUCCUGCAGCCUUCCAGGUGGAGAUGGCUGUGGAACGUUCCUGCUGGAGGAUUGAGCCCAGCAAAGGAGUGGUCCCCCCCAGUUCAGAGGUGUCCGUGGCUAUCGUAGCUAACCUGAAUGACACAGUGAAAUUCCAGGAGAAGGUGAAGGUGUUCAUUGAGAACAGCCCUGUGACCAUCAUCUCUCUCCAGGCUGUGGGCAUUGGCACCACAGUUGUCACGGACAAACCUCUUGUUCCCAUACUCGACUUGAAGUCCUGCUUCAGCUUUAGCCGCUGCUUUUACCACUUCCAGCUGACGAACAGAGGCCGCCGCACGCAGCGGCUCUACUGGAGCACGGAAGGGUUCCGCACCUUCCGCCGCAGCGCUCGGGCCCCGGCCCCCGCGGGCGCCCAGGGCAAAGGGGCUCCCCCCAUGCCCCGGCCUGGCAGCCCCGUGUUCAAGCUGUGCCCAGUGCAGGUGGACCUGAGGCCGGGCCAGACUGUGGACGUGGUGCUGGAAGGCUGCUCCAGCACUGUCCAGGAGGUGAAGGAGCGGCUGCUGUGCCACGCUGUGGUGGGGAAAGAGACAGCAAAGAAACAGAUCCUGCAAACGGAUGUCAUCUGCAACUUCAUCUGCCCUGCAGUGCAAAUGUCCCCCAGAGCCAUCGCUUUCCGUGUGGAAAAGAAACCCAGUGAUGUCCUGACACUGCAGUACCAGCCGCUGACAUUAAAAAACACCAGCUCCCUGCCAUUCAGCGUGGUGCUGGACUUGGAGCAGCCCUUCCUGGUCUGCAAUGUGAACCAGAAGCCCCUCCCUGCAAAUUGCAACGUGAGCCUCUGUGGGCUUGUGCAGUGA